AGUGAAACUGAAUUGUGAUUGGUUAUUUUUUAUUCUCUUUGCCUCCCUUCAGUGGCCAGCACCGGACGUAACAUAGUCAGAGUAACUUCGGCCAGCCUCCUGCCUUGCAAAGGCACUUGGCAAUUUUUUCAACUUUUAUAACAUUUUCAUGUAAUUAAAAAAUAUAUAUUUUUAUAAUAAUUUCAUCAUCACGUAAAUCUUUUUAAAUCACGAGGCUGCGUUGCAUCCGUUGCCUCCUCUAGGAACCGCCCCUGACGACGUCAGACGGUUGGCUUCAGAUAAGCCCGGCCUGUGGCACGUGACGCAUGAACGGCGCGCGAUUUUUGAGCGAGAGGGACAUGAACGGCGGCCGUAUUAUUGGCGCAGUUUCAUUUGGACGGGAUUGAACAUAAGAAGUUAUGGCUAAAUCCAAAGGAUCGAUGGCUUUCCUGGAAGGUUAUAUUCUGCCGGAUAAGGACCAGGAUGAAGCGGCGAGCGGCGACGACUCCGAGGGGGACGGCGAGGAGGACACGACCACAGAGUUCCUCGACAUGGAGGAGAUGUCCGACUCUAACUCAAAGACGGCGUGGAUCAACCAGUCGCCGGGGCCGCCCAAGCGUAAAGUCCUAUUCAAGACGUUCCGUGGAGAUGAGGUCAGGGUGACGGGCCGUUUUGCCCUGAGCGCCCCCUGGUGGCACAUCACCUGCCGCACACAAGGCUCCAAGAAGAACUUGACCGUAAAGGGCUCUGCUUGGUACACGAUACGCACGGACCUGGACAAAGACGGAUGGAGGCCCAUUGUUUCCCUGUUUCUGGUGGCGUGCAACGUGACAGAUGAUUCAAUCCAACCGUUCUUCGAGUGGUUGCCCAAGGAACGCCUCGUUACCAUUCUGAACUUAUUGGAGGUCCUCACUGAGUUUGGGGACACAGACCCCCUGGCGCAGAACAUCAUUCAACACGUUUCAUCCUCAGCCGAAUGCAGGAGGAUGCAGGCGUCCUCUUCCUACCCCUGGGUUAUGAAAUACUUACCGGUACUUUUACCGCGGCAGUUUGACGCUCUGCUUUCUCCACCGAAGGCGGCUAGUAGCAACAACGUGGAUAGUCUAUUGGCCAAACUAGAAGACAUCAUUGAAAAUGAUGUGUGGAAGUUAGGGUUUUCAGAGGUUAUGCUUGAAGAACUGAAGUUGCGCUGCGAGGCCAAACUCAAGGCGUUCGAAGAUUGCGGCUUGCUCGAGACGCUGCCGCGUCUUCAGCACAACGCCCUGUCGGUGUACGAUGAGGUGAAGAGGUUCUGUGCGAACACGGGCAGCACCUACAUGGAAAAGGACAAACUCUGCAACAAUUUGAGAAAAUAUAUACCUGACGAACAGGUGUGGGAUACUCUCCCGUUCCUCAAGGAACUGGAGGUGAUGAUGUGGGACAGACAGAAAGUCGUGCUUCGAACACAUCACAAGUACGAAUCGGGCAUCGCAGACUGCCUGCGCCAUCUUGUGGACGCCAAGCAGUGGACGAUUCCGAUAAACGCUCGGGAGGUUUUGUACGCUCACGCCCAGAGGAUUCGGAUCGCGAAAGAUCCAACGAUGGAUCCCUCGACCCUUUCCCCCGUGAAGGUGGACCCGGACCAGCUGCUGGCAGCCCAGAUGAUCUGCUCGGACCCGGUGACGGUCAUCAGCGGCUGCGGCGGCUGUGGCAAAACCACGGUGGUCAGCGAGCUGUUCCGGGCGGCGGUGGAGAAGGGACGCCCCGUCUCGUCGUUAGAGUACGCCGAUGCCUUCGAAGACACCGAGGACCCCCGGGAAGACCCCAGGGAACACAAGAAGGAGGAGGAAGAGAUGGAGAGGCAGGACGAUAAGCUUUUGAAAGAGCAGAUCCUUUUGACCGCCCCCACUGGUCGGGCAGCAUCUCUGCUGACGAAGAAAACAGGCUUCCAAGCCUUCACCAUGCAUCAGGUAGGUUGCUUUACGGGCACUCAAGACCUCCUAACCCUGCGUUCACACCAAAAGAUGCAUUUGCUGCCCGAACGCGUUGCUGCCGAAGUUUUGCGGCGCCGCAAAUCAAGUUUUGCGGCGCCGCAAAAGUUGAAAUAUUUAAACUCGAGCAGCAUUUGCCGCGCCGCAAAAUACGUGAACGCGCCCUCCGCGCCGCAAAUCAGAAAAUGCCACGCCGCAAAUCAAGUUUUGCUGCCCGUUUUCUCGGCAGCAAAUGCAUCGGCAGCAAAGCAGCAACGCGUCUCUACAUUCACUUUGAAUGGGAUCACGACGCGCGGCAACUUGUCUGUUUUUCUAAUCAUCAUCUCCCCCCAGGGUUCCGAGACCGAAACGGUCGUGUACGUGGUGGGCACGGGCGGCUUCCAGAACUGGAGGACCGUGUACACGGCCGUCACCAGGGGCCAGAAGCGUGUCUACGUGGUCUCCACCGAAGAGGGGCUCCAGGGGGCCCUCAAGCGGAAGCCGGACCCCCGGCUGACACGCCUCGCAGGCUUGGUGAAGGAGAAGGUGGUGCAGAUGGUUCAGGAGUCCCCCCGACUCCAGCGCGACCGACGCGGAUCGCCGAGGUCCACGCCCCAGUGGUCCACCCCCCAGAAGGCCACGCCCCAGAAGGCCACGCCCCAGAGGUUCACGCCCCAGAGGUUCACGCCCCAGAGGUUCACGCCCCAGAAGGCCACGCCCCAGAAGGCCACGCCCCAGAAGGCCACGUCCCAGAGGUUCACGCCCCAGAGGACCACGCCCCUGAGGGCCAGUCCCCUGGUCCCGCCGCGGCAGACUCCAGGCACCAAUCCGAUCGUUAAGCGCCUGUGGGCGGCGGGAGGCCCGGUGGAGGCUCCAGCUGGCUCGCCCGUGAAGGAGAUCGUUGACAACCAACCGGGAACUGCCCGCAUCGGGGCAGUAGUAGCAGCCAAGACGGCGUUCGAAUUAUUUUCUACUCCCAGAAAGAAAACAAAGUAUGUCGAUUCAGCGAUGGACUGCACCAAGCUCCAGCUACCCUCCCAUGUUGGCCCAACGCACGACCCGGUGACGCCCAAAAGGCCCCAGUCACCCAAGUGACAAACUACACGGACCCCACCAGUCCUUCGAUUGGAUCAGACGAUGGGAAGAGCGACAAUAGUUGAGGAACGUAUUCACCGUUCAACAGUUUGAUAUGGUUUCGCCUCUUUCUGUUUGCAUCCCCCUAGGGCUGGGAUAAACGAUUAUUUUUUAAACGAUUAAUCUAGCGAUUAUUUUUUAAACGAUUAAUCUAGCGAUUAUUUUUCCGAUGCAUCGAUUAAUCUAACGAUUCAUUUUUCAGUCCGAUUCGAUUUCGAUUCGAUUAUCUUAUGGCAAUUUAUACUUGUUGAUUUACAUAUCUGAAUGAAAAAAACAUGAAUUCCUUAACAUUGCAAUUCAUGUUUAUUGCCUUUAAAUUCCAAAAUUAAAGUGCAAAGUAAUGCAUUAUUAGAAUUCUACGGUGCUCGGUCAUCUGCAGAUGCUCCCGGGUGGCGCCUCUUCAGGUGCUGGUGCAAUGCCGUGGUGCUAGAAUGGAAAGCCAUCUCCAUUUUGCAAAGACGACAUACCACGGAAUCGUUUCCUUUUACAUUAAAGAAUUCCGAGCUACACACCCCCUCCGUUGAUUGGUCGACAGAACCAUCACUUCCGGGCGACGUGGGGAUAAAAACAAACAAACAGUGGCCUUGAGGUAUUAUAUUAUCUGUUGUUCUUGAAGGUAUUAAUCACCGGAGCCGAUGAGGGGUUUGUAUGGGCAUCGAAUGGCCCUUGUUUUGUCUGACAGUCCAACAUCAGAUCCCCUGCAGACCAACAAGCCUGGGUCCACUGUCACCUAGGAGUCACACCCCGCCCAAACUAGAGACAGUGUGGGCGGCUUGUGAUUGGCUUGAUUUAAAUAACGGUAACCCAAUAGGAAUCAGUGGGUUCCAUAUUUUUGUUUGUGAACAGGACAGUUGGAAAUAACUGAUAUACUGUGUUUCGUUAUGAAGAGAAGAGUGGUGGUGGAGCACAGAGUACUGGCUCUCUUUUUUCUUUUAACACUGAGCAAGCCAGGUGUUAAAAAGAGGGCUACAUAAUCUGAACUUCUUCACAAUCCUUAGGAUUGAGCAUCAUUGUCUAUUCAAACUGCAAAUCAGUGUCAACUGUAUCGCAUCACUACGUUCAUUAUUGUGUUUCUUUUUUUAACCAUUUGUAUUGAUUAUUGUCAGUUGAGUUGGUGAAUCAUUUCAACUAUGUUAGAUGGUACUUUUUUAUCUUUAUUAAUUAACUAUCAUUGCUCAAUACUUUUUAGACUGAAUCAUGUGCUUAAUGCUUUUCAAAGUGCCUAUGUGGAGAUGGGGAUAUAAGGGUUUAUAAUACUAUAGACAAACGGGAAGUAUGUGCAAUUUGAUGUGUACUUAUGCAUCCAAUUAAAGAAACGGGAGGCUACUGCAUGAAGCAAUCUAAUUUAUUUGUCGAUGAGUAAAAAUCUAAACGACUGACUGGAAGAUACUGGAUGUAAAAUAAACCAAAAAAUGAACUUG